UUCUAAACAAGGAAAAAAAAAAAAGAACACGCGGCUCCACCAAUUCCGCCCAAAAUCAAAUCCCACCCAAACCACCCGGCUCGCCAUGGCCGUCGGCGCCGGCCGCGACCAUCCCGGCGAGGACCGCCUCAGUGAUCUCGAUGACGACCUUCUCCGGGAGAUCAUUUCCCGCCUCCCCAUCACGGACGCGGCCCGCACCACCACCCUCGCCUCCCGCUGGCGCCACCUCUGGCAUUCCACUCCGCUCGUCCUCGACGAUACCGACCUCCCGGAGACCACGCGCGCCGCCGCCGUUGAUUGUAUCCUCUCGGGCCACCCGGGCCCCUUCCACGCCGUCCGCCUCUACAACUGCAGUUUCGGCCCUCAGGACCAGGAACUCGGUGAGUGGCUGCGCCUCCUCGCCGCCAAGGGCACACGGCAACUCUUCCUCUUCAACCAGGACGGUCAGCCCUCCUUGCGCCUCCCGGCCGACUUCUUCCGCUGCUCCUCACUCCAGAGCCUCGCCCUGUGCUCCUGGACCUUCCCUGACGAACACCUACCGGGCAUCUUUCCCAACCUCAGGAAGCUAGCCAUGUCAAGGGUUUCCAUGACCGACCUGCACUUCGACCACUUGCUCGCUGCCAGCCCUGUCUUGGAGGCCGCUGUGGUGGACUUGCCGCUCCUCGAGCGCAUCUAUCUCCGCAGCCAAAGUGUCCGUUGCGUGCUUCUUGGGAUCUCGGUUAUGACGUUGGAGGUCGCUGUGGUGGACGUGCCGCAACUCCAGCGGCUCUUCCUCUUUUGGUUGCAUCGUGCUGCCGGUGGACUUUAUCAUGUGAGGCUCAGAAUUGCUUGUGCUCCGAACCUGCGGGUGCUCGGCUGCCUGGACCCAGGAGUUCACAAGCUGCAGAUUGGUGACAAUAACAUCGAGCCUAACACAAUGGCAAGCCCAAGCACUGUGGUUCCAGGCGUCAAGAUAUUGGCCUUGAAGGUGAAUUUCGGUAUCUUCAGACAGGUCAACAUGCUGGUCAGCUUCCUGAGAUGCUUUCCCCAUGUCGACACGCUGCACAUUGAGUCUGUCCUUUAUGAUCCAUCUGUUGCCGCCGCUGAACCCACUACAGAGCACCAUGCCAAUUUCUGGCAGAAGAUCAGUCCUGUUGAAUGCUUGAGGUCAUGCGUCAAGAAGAUGGUCUUUCACAGAUUCCAAGGGGAUCAAAAUAAAUUUGAAUUCCUCAAGUUCAUGGCUCGCGAUGCAGGAGAGCUGCAGUCGUUGCUGGUUCUGCCGCAUGAAGCGGACAAGGUGAAUGAGAUGAUAGACAAAAUUGGGUGUCCACGGUUUCGAGCAUGGGCCUUUAGAGUGUUGCUGGUGUUGCUUGGAGCGGAGAAAGAUUGGAGGUACCCCAAAGCAUCUGAUCUCACCGUGGAUGACCCUUUUCUCUGACGUUCCCAUGGCUGUCAUGUUUUCAUGAUUGGAGCUUAUUUGGGGAAUCCCUGACUGUUCUAUUGCAAGUUAAUACAUAUGUCAUGGUUUCUUUUAGUACAGUAGUAUAUUUAUACCAUGUUAAUUAUGUCAA